UGGUAUUGUUCCUAUGUUCAUGCUUUUUAGCCGCUGUGAUGUUAUCUCGGUUCAUGGGUUACUAAAUGUUUCACCUGCUUCUCAACUCACUGCGUCUUUGUUACAGAAUACCAACUCAAAAUAGGGAAGCAGCAGGAAAUUAAAUUAUCUCUCAGAUGGUUGAUGAACAGGGUUAUCUUCUACGUCAACACCAUGACCAGCUGGAACAACUGGGAUCGGCUAUGGAGGUUCUUCGUAGUAUGCAACGUCUCAAACACACCCGAGAGGCAUUGCCUUCAUCCAGCGGAGGAUACUCUUCAGCAAGUCACCCUAGCACAUCAGCCCAUUCAGUGACCCCCACUCAGAUCAGCGACGCCCGUUUAUCCCUCCCCGAUAAACAUGACGGUACACCAUCCAAAUGCCAUUGCUUCCUAGUAAGCUACUCCCUCUAUUUUAGGCAUUAGAUGGGAGCUCCUACCACCCAGUGGUCUAAGGUUGCCACUGUGAUUUCCUUGCUGACUGGGAGGGUGUUGGAAUGGGCUAUGGCCGUCUGGGCAAGAGGAGCUUGAUUUUAAAUGUAUUUUUGAUCAUCCCCUGGAGGGCAGAGGGAGGUGAGUGGCUACUGCAAUUACAGCAGGGGAACCAGACGGCUGCAGAGUACGUGCUCAUCUUUCGGACAGUAGCGGCAUCAAGUGGAUGGAAUGAGCCUCCAUACACUAUUUAGAAGAGGUCCUAGACAUAAUUGGCUUGUUGCGACGACAACCUUGCCUUGGACGCACUCAUUGCGAUGGCCAUCCAUCUGGAUAACCUACUUCGGGAGCGCCGGUACACUCAUCGCUUCCCUCCCUCAGUGACCACUCGGAUCAGAGCCUGAAUCCAUGGAGGUAGGGGGUCACUCGUCUCCCCCAGCUAUAGCCGCAGACGGAUACAGCUGGGGAUUUGUCUGUACUGUGGACAAGGAGGACACAAGCUCCAGAGCUGUCCGGCAGGUCAGAACCUGGGAUUCACAAAAGCAGAGGGACAGUCGCAUGAUCUUCCACCCCCUGGGACAGGAGUGAGUUCCAUCACUGUCUACUAGGCUCUUUUUGGUGUCCAUCACACUGACUGUCACUUAUGUACGGUGUCUACAGCGUUAGUGGAUUCUGGUGCCGCAGGGGAACUUUAUUGACCAGACCCUUGCCUCCUCCCUUAACCUCAUAACUCAUACCCGCUCUCUUCUCCUUUUCCGGUUCAAGCCCUGGCCAGUCAGGCACUCACCCUCACCGUGGAGUCCAGUCAUCAGGAGACCAUCCCCCUUUUCAUUACCAGUCCACAAGAUCAUCCUCGGCCUCCCUUGGCUUCAAUGCCAUAACCCUACCAUCUCAUGGUCGAGGAUGAGAAUUACAGACUGGUCGCCUGAAUGCCGGGAGACCUGCUUCCCUGUCCUUUGUGGUUCCAUGUCGGUUGAGAGUCCUAUGGUUGCCCAACAUCCCAGAGGUAUAUCAGAAUCUGCAGGAGGUAUUCUCUUCCUCCUCAUUGCCCCUGGGACUGUGCCAUCGACCUGCUUUCAGGUUCUGCGCAGAUGCAUCUACCCUCUGUCGGUGGCUGAGACCCAGGCCAUGGAGGAUUACAUCCAAGUGGCGUUCCAACAAGGUUUCAUUCGCACGUCCACUUGUCCUGCGUCAGCUUUAUUUUUCUUCAUAGCCAAGAAAUAUGGAGGGUUAUGUCCCUGCAUCGACUAGAGGACUCAACGAAAUCAGCACCAAGUAUCGGUACCCUCUCCCAUUGGUGCCAUCACGCAGCUUUUUAUUUUUAAAAAACUCAAGUGGACCUGCAGAGCGCUUACAAUCUCAUCCAGGAGGGGGAUGAGUGGAAGACAUCAUUCAGCACCAUGUCUGGUCACUACAAGUACUUGGUGAUGCCCUUUGGCUUAGCAAAUGCUCCGUUAGUGUUCAGGGACAUGCUCGGAUGCCAGAUUGUGUAUAUCGAUAGCAUCCUGAGCUACUCGACUACCCUGGAGGAUCACAUCACCCCAGUUCGAGCAGUCCUGGAAUGCAUCCUGGCUGACCAUCUGUUUGUCAAGCCUGAAGUUCCAAUUCCACCAGAGGUCGGUAUCCUUAGGUUACCAAAUCAGGGUGUGAGGAUGGAAGACCAGUAGGUAGAUGCAGUCAUGCCAUGGCCAGUCCCAACCACCAUAAAAGGGUUACAACGUUUUUUUUGCGGUUUACCAACUUCUACCGCCUCUUCAUCAGGAAUGUCAGCUCUGUUGCUGCUCCUCUCCUUAAGGGAGGGCCCUGUAGGUUGGUGAGGAGCCCAUUAGCCGACGAGGCCUUCUGUCCCAAGGGACGUUUCACCUCCACCCACUGCUCAAACAUCCAGAUCCCACAAGAUCCUUUGUGGUAGAGGUGGAUGUUUCAGAGGUUGGCGUGGGGGCAGUUCUGUCUCAACGACACUGAAAUUGUACCCCCUGUGCUUUUUUUUUUCUUUCUCUAAAACUGUCCUCUGCAGAGGAAUUCCGAUGUCGUGUGAUCGGGAGCUCCUGGCGGUAAAGUUGUCAUUAGAGGAUUGGAGACACCUGCUGGUUCCUUGGCGCCCUCCAUUCGUCAUUCUCACUGACCAUCGGAACCUGGAGUACAUACGGACAGCGAGGAGGUUGAAUCCGUGCUGUUCUUCAAGGUUUGACUUCACGCCAACUUAUCGCCCAAGUUCAAAGGACACCAAGGCUGAUGCCCUGUCCCGGCUCUACGAUUCGGGGGAGAGGGUCCUAUACAGAGUGCACCCAUUCUCCCUAGUCGUAGCUCUUGUGGUUUGGGACGUAGAUGCAGACAUCCGCCAGGCAUUGGAGAAGGAGCCCGCACCCACUAACUGUCCUGCUGAACGCAUCUACGUUCCCACUGAUAAGGAAUUGACUGCUGACCUGGGCACACAUCUGUCGUCGCUGGACAUCCAGGUUGCUGAGGCACUCUUCUGGCAUUAUGGCCUUCUGCAGGACAUCGUCACUGCCCGUGGCCCUGAAUUCACAUCACGAGUAUGGGGGGCCUUGAGGGAGACGCUCGGGGUCAUGGUCAGCCUCACGUCCUGGUACCGGCUUCAGACAAAUGGGCAGAUAGCGGCUGAACCAGGAGCUCAGGAGUUUCCUGAACAGUCACUGUCAGGACCGGCAGGUGUGUUUUGUGUUUUCAGCCAGCCCUGGCUCCGUGGACCCAGAGCCAGACCAAUGCUCCUGCGGUUGAGUGGUUUUGGCGUGCAGAAGUGUGGCGUGACGCUCACGCCGGUCUCUUUCCCCCCAGACAUCGAGGGGAGUCUGACAUAUGCUGUCAGAGCCCUACUGGACUCCCGGUGUCGUGGGGGUCAGCUCCAGUACCUGGUGGACUGGGAGGGGUAUGUAGGGUUCCAGUGGAGGACUUUCAAGAUCCCAACAUCAGCCGUGAUUUCCACUUUCGCUGUCCAGACCGAUCUGCUCCUCAGGGUCGUCUCUUUGGUCGGAGUCGUCCUGCAGCAGGAGCUGCGCGUCAGGGGGGGGAUUACUGUCACGUCUACUGCUCCUCCGGCGUUGCCGGAAUACUAACCACCGGGCCUGGGAUUCUUCAUUACAUGCACAUGUUGAUCAUUAUGAUUCACACCUCUUAUCUGUCCCUCCCUUAUGUUUGUUCCUCAGUCAGUAUUCAUGUUUGUUUUAUUAAACGUUUCACCUGCUUCUUGA